AUGCAAAAUUUAUUCCGGAAUGUUAAGGUGGCUUGUGAGCAUGAUUCGCUAAAUCUUGGUGAUGUGUUCAUUUUGGACUGUGAACUCGACCUUUAUGUGUGGAUGCCACCGGAGAGUGGCCGACUUGAACGCAUUAAGGGAAUGUCACAAGCAAAAAGUAUUCGUGAUGAAGAACGCAACGGUAAACCAAAAGUGCAUGUGCUCGAUCUUGACUGGAAUAAGAACGAUGCAUUCUGGAAGAUAAUGGGCGGCAAGCAGAAUGUUAGCAAGCUGAAGUCAGCGGAGGCUGGAGGAGCAGAUGAGAACUUCUGGAGAACGAAUAAACAGCAGAUCACGUUGUGGAGGUGUUGGGCAGUUUUAUUUAUUGCUUUGAAUGGGCCUUCAGAAAAAGAGACAUAUAACGGAGUGCUUUCAGUUGAACGCAUUAGAUGCAUCUGUAAUAUGUAA